AUGCUGAAAAAGGAGAAAAUAACCUCUACUUCAUCUUAUAAUAAUGAAGACGAAAAUAUUGGACCUUUUAUAUUUCAUGUUUCAGCAGUGUAUAAUGAUAAAGUUAAAAUUCAUGAUUGGAAGGAUUACGAGGAAAAAAUAUUAAAAUUGACAGACAUUUUUUUCGAUCCCAUGGUCGGUUGUCAGAUGAAUUAUCACACCACUAUGAGCAAUGAUUAUCGGUCGCCUUAUCCUCUGAAACCAAAACCAUCACCAUCACCACCACUACCUGAGCCAUGGUUAUUAAAUCGUCGUACUAUUGGCUAUAAUCUUCAGGAUUUGGAAAAUCGUUGCGGAUACCACACAUUUUUAGAUGAUAAUAUGGAUCUCCAUCAAAGAAUAGCAGAAUUGAAAAUACAAAGAAGGCAAUUAUAUGAAAUUUUAACAAAUAGUAAACACCAACAAAAAUCUAUUAAUGAUUAA